AUGGUAAGAGUGGAGGAAGAGAUCAGCAGCGCCAUCAAGCAAUUGAAGUACGGCAACACUGCAGGACUUGACAGCAUACCUGCAGAAGCGCUUAAGGCUGACGUGGUGACCAGUGUGGAGCUUCUACACCCACUCUUCAGCAAGAUAUGGGAAGAAGAAGAAAUUCCAAUAGAGUGGAAAGAGGUUUACCUCAUCAAGCUUCCCAAGAAAGGCGAUCUCAGUUCUUGCUCCAACUACCGAGGAAUCACCCUGUUGUCCAUCCCAGGAAAGGUGAAUAAUCGCAUCCUGCUGAACAGAAUAAAAGACCUCAUGGGCACCUUUAAAGUGAGAACCGGAGUGAGGCAAGGCUGCUUACUCUCACCUUUCCUGUUCCUGCUGGCCAUAGACUGGGUAAGGAAGACAUCGACAGAGCAGAUGCGGAAUGGAUUUCAGUGGACACUCUGGACACAGUUGGAAGAUCUCGCCUUUGCCGAUGAUUUGACUCUUUUCUCUCACACCCAACAACAGAUGCAGGAAAAGACAAACAUAGUAGCGGACAACUCAGCAAGAUUGGGUCUCACCAUCAACAGAGGGAAGAGCAAGGUGUUUAGGACCAACGCAUCCCACAACACACCCAUCACAGUCCAAGGCGAGGAGCUGGAGGAGGUUGACAGCUGUACAUAUAUCGACAGCAUUCUAAACAACCAGGGGUGA